AUGCAUCAUUAGGUGAUUCCAUCAUUGGGCAAGCUGUGUCCUUAAACUAAGAUAGCUGCAGCAUCCUAUGGGACCAUCCUAUAGGAACACUGUCCAGUCCAGAUGAAACAUCAUUAUGCAGCACACUAACUGUAUUUGCACAUUCUGCUAAUACACGGCCUGUAUUGUAGAGUCCUGAGUGCCAUCCUUGUUCAUUGUGGUUUUUGCAUAUAUGCAAGCCCAUUGUUUGUCUUUUGGGAAUUCAUGAUGAGAUAACUAUGGAAUUUUUUAAGGUAUCAGUGUAUUUUGUUAUUUUUGAAGAUGAGGGGGUCAGUGAGAGUGACUAAGUAGUAAUAGUGAAGGCCCAGGUGACUUAGGGAGGUGCUUGCUGUGUUUAUUGGGCAUUUGGCUGUGCCCUUUCUCCUGAAGUCUCAUGACUACAAGGCUACCUCUUGCUGACUGUUUCACCCUUUACCUUUAUUUUUCCUGCAGACUUCAGUCCAAGAGAACUGGCCUCACAGAGGGAGAACUAGCAGUGUCCUCUUUGCUGUUUUGGUUUAACCCUGAGUAUAGUUUCCGACCUUACAGGGACAUUUCUGUGGUCUGUAAAUAUCCAAUUGUAUCAUCAGAGCUUUAUUUUUAAGACUUUCAAGUGAGAGCCCAAAAAGGUUAAUUUCUGAGAAGCAAAUGCUGGCAUUUAUGUUUUAAUCUUAGUGAAGUUUUAAAAUUUAUAUUCUAGGAACUCAACAGAGGCAAUUGUUAUCCCGACUGCAAAUUGACCCAGUAAUGGCAGAAACACUGGAGAUGAGUCAAGAUUACUAUGACAUGGAAUCCAUGGUCCAUGCAGACACAAGAUCAUUUAUUCUGAAGAAGCCAAAGCUGUCUGAGGAAAUAGUAGUGGCACCAAACCAAGAGUCGGGGAUGAAGACUGCAGAUACCCUUCGGGUUCUUUCAGGACACCUUAUGCAGACACGAGAUCUUGUACAACCAGAUAAACCUGCAAGUCCCAAGUUUAUAGUGACGCUGGAUGGUGUCCCCAGCCCCCCAGGAUACAUGUCAGAUCAAGAGGAGGACAUGUGCUUUGAAGGAAUGAAACCCGUAAACCAAACUGCAGCCUCAAACAAGGGACUCAGAGGUCUCCUCCACCCACAGCAGUUGCAGUUGAUGAGCAGGCAGCUUGAGGACCCUGAUGGUAGCUUUACCAACGCUGAGAUGAGUGAACUGAGCAUGGCACAGAAACCAGAAAAGCUUUUGGAGCGCUGCAAGUACUGGCCUGCUUGUAAAAAUGGGGACGAGUGUGCGUACCAUCAUCCCAUUGCACCUUGCAAAGCCUUCCCCAAUUGUAAAUUUGCUGAAAAAUGUUUGUUUGUUCAUCCAAAUUGUAAAUACGAUGCUAAGUGUACUAAACCAGAUUGUCCCUUCACUCAUAUGAGUAGAAGAAUUCCAGUACUGCCUUCAAAACCAGUUACAGCACCAGCGCCAUCCCCUAAUGGUCAGCUCUGCCGCUACUUCCCAGCUUGUAAGAAAAUGGAAUGUCCCUUCUAUCAUCCAAAACACUGUAGAUUUAACACUCAGUGUACCAGACCUGACUGCACAUUUUAUCAUCCCACCAUUACUGUACCACCAAGACAUGCCUUGAAGUGGAUUCGGCCACAAACCAGUGAAUGACAUGCAGUCUUACCUGGCAGAAGAUCAUGCAGUUUGAAAGCUUCCAUCUACCAAUGAAAGAUAUUCUACAGACUUGUCAUACCUUUGAAAUUUGGAAUAUAUUGCUUUCAUAAUAUGAAGUUUAUUGCCUAUCUGAAGUGUCUAAUUUUUCAAGUUUGUAAGUUUAUUAAGUGGUUUUAACAUUGGGUUUUGUUGUUCCUGUUUUGUUACUAUGAAAAGACAAUUUAAGGAAAAGCUAAAUUCUAUUAAAACAUUUGAGGCAUGUUUGUACACUGCUGUUUAAGAAUCAACAUUUAAAAUGUGACAUCGUUGUGACAGUACUGAAGUUUACUAUAGUGAGGCCAGUGCUCUGAAGUUGAAUUUGCACUUAAACUUUUCCCAAAGAUGAUACAUGUUUAUAAUCCAACCUUAAAAAAAGGUGUGUCCAGAAGUACUGGGGCAGCUUAAUGUAGUCAUUCAAAUCUGCUUUUUAAUUUUUAAAUGAGUUUAUGACUGCUACUUUGGUAAAUGGUUCUCAGGUCCCUUGCCUGCUGUUGGAGGAAUGCCAUGUGAGUGUAGGAUGAAAACAGGUGGAAUAAGAGGUGCAAAAAAUAUGAACAGUUCCGUAAAUGCUUUCAUUUACUAUUAACAUACUUUUUAAAUAAAUUUUUUGGGGACUACAUUAUAAAAUUAUACAAAAGUUUUUACAAAUAUAUACAUAAAGUAUCAGAAAAGAGACUUUAAAUUCACAUUAUAAAUACACAUAUAUAUUCCUGCAUUCUAAAAAAAAACAUUCUCAGAAAUAACUCCACAGAAAGUAUAGUUACUACUGAAGAUAAUUUUUGAAAUGUAAAAAUUAGAUUUUAGUAGUAUAUUUUAAAUGACAGAACUAUAUAAUUACAGAGAUCAGAUGGGUACAUUGCAGAAAAGGACGAUACUUAGCCUACUGUAUUAAUUAUGGAGUUUUUUGUGUGUAGUCUUUAAUUGUUAAGGCAAGAAGUGUCAAGUGUUUCAGAAUUAAAUAACAAGUGGAUAACUGAUUUCAAAGAUUUGACGUAUAGCAGUGUUUUUCAAAGAGCUUAAAGGAUGGUUAGUAAAGGGUGAAUUAAUGCAAAAGGGAUAAUAUUCAAAUGUUUUCAGGACCAAAUUAAACUAACACUGUAAAAAUUCAGUUCAUCGAUUUGCAGAGUCAUAAACCCAAAGAAUAGCAAGUUCACAUUUGUAAAGGUCCAUGUUUAAGAUGUAAAGCCAGCCUUCUGUUGUGAUCAUUGCUUUUCCAUUGGGAGAUGAAAGAAUUGACAUUAAACUGUUUGGUAAGUUGAAUUUGGUUGUGCUGAUCCCAAAGAUUCAAAACACCGAAAGAACAAAGGGAGCACACAAGGGCCCAAGCUGCUGUUAGGCUUAGGUGAAAUAACAGUUGAGUGUAUUUCAUUGAAUUUAAUGCAUGUUUUCAUUCUAGUGUUAAGAUGCUUUGCAUCAUAACAGAAGAAAUUUCUUUCAAAUUGUGUGU